AUGGAUUCCAAUGCUUUUGGGUCAAAGUCCCUGCAGAGCGUUCCGCCACUGGCGGAAACAACGGCUUUCGGAACCCUUCACUAUGCAGAUGGUCCAGGUGCUGGCAGUCCAGUGAAACUGGAGAUCAACGGCACCAUUGACAAAGGAUUCUUUUUGGCAGACAAUGAGUGGACCUGCUACCGGCGAAACUAUUUCUCGUGCAUCUGCUCCUUCAGUCUGUCACCGCAUUAUCCUUCCGCGGCUAUGACUUUCGUCGAGAACGGAACGGGGAGAACCCACAAUGUGCAUGGAUUUGCAAUGAGCAUUUCUGCGAUCGUGUCUGACAAUGAGAGUCACAUCAUCGAGCUUGUUCAGCACACGCCGAAACGCGACAAGGGCCCGACGGCCCGUCCAGACAAAACUCGGCUGAAGGCGAAACCACUGCAAGCAUCUCACCAUAGCAUGAGCCUGUAUGGCACUGACUCUGGAAUGCCGGUGGCAAAUCGAUACGAUCACGGCUACGGACCGCCGCAGUCUGCGUACCCGACUGAGCACACAUAUGAGAGGAUCCAGUUCAAGCAAGCUACGGCUAACAACGGGAAGCGUAGAGCUGCCCAGCAAUACUAUCACCUCUUAGUCGAGCUAUGGGCCGAUGUUGGUGCUGUCGCGGGGGGCGGGAUUGACCCAUUCAUCAAGGUUGCUCACCGAAAGUCAGCAAAGAUGAUCGUUCGCGGCCGCUCACCCGGUCACUACCAGUCUGAGAGGAGAGGGAGCACCAGCAGUGGCCCAGGUGGCUCAGCUGGUAGCCUCGGGUAUGGUGGAUCGCAAGCGAUGGGAUCCGACUUUGGAUCCUCUGGUUCGGCCAUCCUUCCAGGGGCAUACGGCAGCACGUACGACCCACGCUCCUCUAGCCACUAUGGAGGAGGCGCCCGACACCAUCAGCACACGAGCCAGCACCAUCAUGAGCACGAAAUGGAAUUGGAUCAUCAAGUGAUGUCUACAGACGAAGUCAAGGCCAUCGCCGAGACCAAGGAAUAUCAGUAUUACCCAGCUCCCAUCUGUAACAACACUCAUGAUCCCCGCCAACCGGUUGAACUGUUUUCCCAUUCGAAUAAUCGCAAUGAAAGCGAUCAGGUGCUUCCACAAGCAAGCACAGGUCCUUCUGAUGUGUUGGCGAAGGUGAAGCAAGACCCCGGGGCUCACGAUGGAGGGCAUAUAUUCUAUGCCGGAAAUUCUUUCUACUCCAGCCGAUGCAGCCGUUACGAGGGGAAACCGACGUCGAGCGGAUAUUAUCCGGCCUCAAUUGUCUCCGCGUCAAGCAUUAGCAUGUCCUGA